CACACUGAAGCGGCUACGGCGAGCAGGACGGCGACAGCAGGGCCACCAUAGCAGUGCAGUCUUUUAUUACUGUCAUAUUAUUUUAUUAUAACGACCAUGGAAUAUAGUGCCGCGGACUAUUAGACGUCUCUGAACUGGUGAUAUUAUUAUUGACGUUUUGGAACGUAAACGUGCUUAGCCCGUUCGCUAAGCUCCACCGCUCAGUUUGUAUAGAAAGGCUAAGGGCCUCUGUUUUGGCGAAGCACAACGCAAUGUGGAGGAAAUAAAGAUCCUGAUACGCUGAAAACCCGAGAUUAUAGAUAAUGGGCUGUGUGCAAUGCAAGGAUAAGGAGGCAACCAAACUCACAGAUGACCGAGACAACAGCAUCUCCCAGGGAGCGGGCUACCGCUAUGGGGCCGACCCCACGCCACAGCACUACCCCAACUUCGGGGUCACCGCCAUCCCCAACUACAACAACUUCCAUGCUCCUGUAGGACAGGGGAUGACCGUCUUCGGGGGAGUCAGCACUUCCUCACACACAGGAACGCUGAGGACCCGGGGUGGAACAGGAGUCACCCUCUUUGUGGCACUUUAUGACUACGAGGCACGGACAGAAGAUGACCUCAGCUUCAAGAAGGGAGAGAGGUUCCAGAUUAUCAACAGCACUGAAGGGGACUGGUGGGAUGCUCGCUCCCUCACUACCGGUGGCAGCGGCUACAUUCCCAGUAAUUAUGUGGCUCCAGUGGACUCUAUCCAGGCUGAAGACUGGUACUUUGGUAAACUGGGCCGUAAGGAUGCAGAGAGGCAGCUACUGUCUACUGGCAACCCUCGAGGCACCUAUCUCAUCCGAGAAAGUGAAACCACAAAGGGUGCCUUUUCCUUAUCCAUACGGGACUGGGAUGAUCUCAAGGGCGACCAUGUCAAGCAUUAUAAGAUCCGCAAGCUAGACAGCGGCGGCUACUACAUCACUACCAGGGCUCAGUUUGAAACACUGCAGCAGCUGGUUCAGCACUAUUCAGAUCGAGCCGCGGGGCUCUGCUGUCGCUUGGUGGUUCCCUGCCACAAAGGCAUGCCCCGCCUCGCUGACCUGUCCGUCAAAACCAAAGACGUGUGGGAGAUCCCACGGGAGUCGCUGCAGCUGAUCAAGCGUCUCGGGAAUGGGCAGUUUGGGGAGGUUUGGAUGGGAACGUGGAAUGGCACCACUAAGGUGGCAGUGAAGACUCUGAAGCCUGGCACGAUGUCCCCAGAGUCCUUCCUGGAGGAGGCUCAGAUCAUGAAGAAACUCCGUCAUGAUAAGCUGGUGCAGCUUUACGCUGUUGUGUCUGAGGAGCCCAUUUACAUCGUCACAGAGUACAUGGGCAAAGGAAGCUUACUGGACUUUUUAAAGGAUGGAGAAGGACGAGGGUUAAAACUGCCUAACCUGGUGGACAUGGCUGCACAGGUGGCAGCAGGUAUGGCCUACAUUGAGAGGAUGAACUACAUCCACAGAGACCUACGCUCUGCUAACAUCCUGGUUGGCGACAACCUGGUGUGCAAGAUCGCCGACUUUGGCCUGGCAAGGCUCAUCGAAGACAACGAAUACACGGCUCGACAAGGUGCAAAGUUUCCCAUCAAGUGGACCGCCCCAGAGGCCGCGUUGUAUGGGAAGUUUACCAUCAAGUCAGACGUGUGGUCGUUCGGCAUCCUGCUGACGGAGUUGGUCACCAAGGGUCGGGUGCCUUACCCAGGUAUGAACAACCGAGAGGUGCUGGAGCAGGUGGAGCGGGGCUACAGGAUGCCGUGCCCACAGGACUGCCCCAUUUCGCUGCACGAGCUGAUGCUACAGUGCUGGAAGAAGGACGCAGAGGAGCGGCCCACCUUUGAGUACUUGCAAGCCUUCUUGGAAGACUACUUCACAGCCACCGAACCUCAGUACCAGCCCGGGGACAACCUCUAACCCACCGCUACCACCCCCCACACCCUGUUCUUGCUUUCUCUCUCUGUCUCUCUCUCUCUCUCGGGGUCAGCUCGAGGCCUGGACACGAUUAGCUACAGCAGUGCUAUAUAAAAAACAAAAACAAAAAAACUAUGGAUCCUUUUCAGCCUGGCCUUUUUAUGUUAGGGAUGUGUACAGCUUCCUCAGCUCAACUUGAGUUCCAAUACAAACCCCCUGACGACACCGCCCUCAGUCUCCGACACGCCCCCCUAGUGUCUGAACUCUGUAAAUGCCAUAGUUAACAAGGCUGAUGGAACUGGGGUUAACUGGGGGUUGUGCUAAUGCAGUUCCUUGUAUUCAAUGUAAAUAAGAAAAGCUUGUUUUAGUUUGUCUGCUUCCGUUUCAGAUUUUAUUUUCUUCUGCACAAAAGUAAUAAUAAUGAUAAAAGGAAGUCAAGUACCUGAGGAGGCACAGUUAAUCUGUAUGUGUAUUAUACUGUAGCUUCUCUAUUAUUUUCUAGAGAUUGAAUUGGAAGGCUCUAUAUUUUUUUCUCAUUUCCUAUAAAAGAGAAUUCAUCGCUUUAUUCUCUACUUUUCAGUUACACGUGUUAUUGCAUAAAGUUUCUCCUGGUGAGCAUGACACAGUCCACUUUUUUUUUCUUUUUUUUUGCCUUCCCGUCACAAAAGCUUCUAGUUAGGCUGCUGCUGCUGCAGGUUCUUUUACAAACGAUCUGCCACAUUUUUGUAAAUCACAGCAACGUACAAGGAUUUUGACAUAUCCCUCAUUGCUAUUUGGGUGAAAAUGUUUCUGUCUUUAUACCACUGGUGUGUUAUUUUGUAGCUGGGAGACAAGAAAGAUUUUCAUUUAAGAGUAUAAAUGUCUUUGAUUGAGAAUCUUCAUUUGGAAACAGAUCGUGGGGUUUUUCCUCCUGCACGUCCUCCACCCGAGCCUGCAGGAUCAACAGGCUGCACCUGAACCAGGACCAUCUUACCUCCUGAGCUGCUUCUUCUUUUAUGUUUAAGUGACACGAUUAUAUUGAGUCUUUGAUUUUAUUUAACCCUUUUAGGUGAUCCUUCGAGAGACAUUUGGAGUAUAUGAUCAGGGGAGCUCUGGACCAGUUCAUGUGACAGGAGUCUGAAUGUGAAACGCAUUGAAAAUAAAUGGAAACCAGCUCUGGUCUGGUCUGGUCUUAAUGCAGAUGGUAUCAAAGCCUUUGGUAAAUCCUCAUUUUUCAGUUGUACAGCUAAAUGGGUUUUAAGUGUCGCUAACUUCUCUCCUUUGUAUCUUUCAUUUCCAUUUUUUAUUAACAUGACUCGUUUUGUUAAUUCAGUGAUUUGGCAUUUGGAACUCAGAAAAGACCAAUAAACAUUUUACACUCUUUCCAAGACA